AUGCAGUUGUCCGCUCUUCUCGCUCUCCUCCCUCUGGCCGCUGCCCUUCCUCAGUCCCGGGGACCCGUCGAGGCCCGCGAUGGUCAAGUAGACGGGUGCACGGCUCAGGCUGACCAGUGUUACUCUAACUGCAGAGCGAGGUUCAGCCACGGUGCCGGGUUCAUAGAGCCCAUUGUAUACAAGUCCUGCUACACCGGAUGCAACGAUGCCUUAUGGCAGUGCACCAACAAGAAUGCAACUGAAAAGCGCUCUGUCGAGGCGGCCCCGGUUGAAAUCCGCAGCAGCAAAGAGGAUGAGUGCAACACCGCGUAUGACGAUUGUUGCGCCCCCUUUGGCAAAGGUACCUAUAGCGAAGGAAGAAACCUAAUGAUUAUGGCAUGCCCCGGCGGCCGUGAUCAAUGCAGCAAGGUGUUUAACGACUGUAUGGCGAACCAGGCUGAAAAGCGCUCUGUUGAGAAGGCCCCUGUUAAAACCCGCAGCAGCAAAGAGGAUGAGUGCAACACCGCGUAUGACGAUUGUUGCGCCCCCUUUGGCAAAGGCACUUAUAGUGAGGGAAGAAACCUAAUGAUCCUGGCAUGCCCCGGCGGCCGUGGCCAAUGCAGCAAGGUUUUCAACGACUGCAUGGCGAACCAGGCUGAAAAGCGCUCUGUUGAGGAGGCCCCGGUUGAAAUCCGCAGCAGCAAAGAGGAUGAGUGCAACACCGCGUAUGACGAUUGUUGCGCUCCCUUUGGCAAAGGCACCUAUAGCGAAGGAAGAAACCUCAUGAUUUUGGCAUGCCCCGGCGGCCGUGGUCAAUGCAGCAAGGUUUUCAACGACUGCAUGGCGAACCCGACUGAAAAGCGCUCCGUUGAAAAGGCCGCCAUCCAAGCCCGAGACAACGGCUCGGAAGCCACCACCGCCUGCUACGGUAACGUAGCCUCGUGCAAGCACAAGGGCACGCCCGUCGCCGAGUGCUACAGCAACCUCGCCCGCUGCAUCCAGGACGUCCUCAAGAAGUUCGCGUAA